GUUGCAGAAAGUUUUGUACGUGGGAUGCUGAGUUUUCAAACUUGAAUUGUAGAGGAAAUUUGAAUCAGUAACUCUAGUUUCUGAUCAGAUUACAUAACAUAUUUGUAUUGUGUAAAAAUGAACUAAUAUUUCGUCUUAUAUUAUCGUAAUAUCGAUCGAAAACUUUACUGGAUAACUUUUAUGAUAUGACUAUAAUUUAGUGUGGAACGAAAAAGAAAAAUGAAGAUUUUUGUAGCUUUAUUUUCUUCAUUGUUAAUGACUUUCGUUGGCAGUAGCAUACAAGUCCAUUUAACUAAUUAUGGUAAAUUAUAUGAAUUAGGAAUGGAUGCAUACAAACAAGAAAAAUGGUCAAAAUGUGCAGAGUUCUUUCAAAAAGCCAUUGAUGAUUAUCAUUUUUAUAAGAAUACUGUAAUUGACUGUAGACUAAAGUGCAAAGAAGAUCAAUCGGAACAUACAUUUGUUUCAUUUCUGUCAACUCUUCAUGUGAUUCUUGAAAGCUCCAACUGUUUGCGAAGAUGUAAGAAGAAAAAAUUGGGAGAGCGUGCAGAAGAAGAAAUUGAGUUUUCUGUAGACAAGAAGUUUGAAGGAAGAACACCAUAUAAUUAUAUGCAAUUUUGUUACUUCAAGGAUGGUAAGUUGACAAAGGCAGCUGCUGCAGCUUAUACCUACUACAUCACACACCAGGACGACACAAGAAUUCUGGAAAACCUUCAGUACUAUAGGACGCUUCAAGAAAUACAGACAGAAGACUUUGUUGAUUUGGAGAGAAAACCAUACCAGAAACGUUACAUUAAAGGGCUAACAGCCUACAAUGAGGGACAAUGGAAUGAAGCGGCCGCUUUAUUUGAGGAAUCAUUGGGUUUAUACUUCAGAGAGGAGGAGAGAUGCAGAGCUGCUUGUGAGAAGGGCUUUGUUCAUAAUGGAUUGCCAGAUUUUAUAAAUGCCAUAGCAGAAAUGUCUGACGAAACUGGUAUGUUGGAAUGGAGGAGUGGAAAUUUUUGUACAGGGAAAACUAAAACUCCUUUAGUAGCUUUCUAUGAAGGAUGUGUCUCCAAUAACUUAGAGAAAGCCUUUGAGUCUAUAGCCAGCUAUCUUCUUUUCCGGCCAAAUGAUGAAGAGAUGCUUGCAAAUAAAAACUACUACAUUAAAACUCUUCGGCAUAAAGAAAAAGAGUUUGUUCCUUCAGAGGAUGCAGUGAGAUAUGUUGAGUUAUGGAAGCAGAUUGAUAAAAGUAUUGGCUUUGUACGAGAUAAAUACACCCUUCCUACAGAUCAGAUAGAUGAUGAAGAGGGGGAGGAGGCAGGGAGUAAUUCUAAAGAUGUGGUUGAUACAAAUGAAGUAGAGGGGUCAUUGAAUCGUAGCCAGAAUGUGAAGAAAUUUGAAAAGUUAGGAUUGCAGCUGCUCCAGGAGUCUAAACAACUUAAAGGCAAAAACAGAUUUGUUGCAGAUGGAUUUAUCCGUGAAGACCAAUGUGAGGCACUGGCUGAUCUUGCUCGGAGUAAGGAAUUUGACCAGUCAGGUAAAAGACAGAUCACAGUUUCUGAAGUGACAGAGCUUGUGAAAAUGGAUGAUGGUUAUGAGAUAUCGAUGCGGUUAUUGCUUAGAGCAGCUGAUGUGAUGAAGGCUUUUACUGCAGCAUAUUUCAGCCAAUCAGGACUCGUGGUACAUGAAGUCAAGGUUAACUGUUGGUCAGCAGGUGCAAAAUUAGAUGAUGCUCUGCCCUCCGGGUGUAUCCUACAAGAAAAUGGAGAAUGUAAAAGUGGCCAAGAUGUCAUUGGUGAUUAUAUGGCUGUAGCCUACCUCACAGACAUGGUGGAUAGCACUGGACAAUUCUACUUUACAGAUGAAAAUGAUCAAGUUCAGUCCAGUAUACAACCUUUAUGUGGACUGAUGUUGGGGUUCUCGUCUAAUGAUAAACACCAAGUUAACCUCCCCUGGAAACAUGAGAGAUGUGCUAUAGUUAUCUCCCUUACAACAGAUAAACAGUUACAGAAUAUAGAAAUAGAUAAAGCAAAGGAUACACUGUCUGACUUGGAAAAGCAACGUGUGGAAGAGUUCAUGAAUGCUGACAAUGCAGAUAUACUGCAGGAAUUUCACAGUCAAGGUGUGAAAAUAACACAGAAGGGAGAUGACCUACAGGGAAAGGAAAGAUUUGUUGCUGAUGGGUUAGUUACACAGGAAGAAUGUGAAACUCUUAUACAGCUUGCUAAACGUGAAGGUGUAUCAGGGGAUGGUUAUAGGGGCCGUGUGUCCCCUCAUACUGACCAUGAGAUAUUCACAGGUCUUGACAUAGCUCAUGGGGAACAGCUGGUGAAGGAGAACUCUGUGCUACCAGGAACGCUACAGUUAUUUCUAGAUUCCAGUGAGCAUGCUCGACUUUUGGUAGAAAAAUAUUUAAAUUUGACACGACCACUGUACUUCGAUUAUACACACCUUGUAUGUAGAACAGCAAUAGAUGGUGACACAGAAGAUAGGGAAGCUGAUCUGAGUCAUCCAGUGCACUCUGACAACUGUAUGAUACAGCCGGAUGGAUCGUGUAUACCAGAUGCACUGGCAUAUGUACAAAGACAUUACAGUGCUGUGUUGUAUUUAAAUGACAAUUUUGAUGGUGGGCAGUUCUUCUUUGCUCACAGAAACCAGUCAGAACAGAUUUCUGUGAAACCUCAAUGUGGGAGACUUGUUGCCUUUAAUGCAGGGGACUAUCAUGGUGUUAAAGCUGUGGUCAGUGGGCAGCGCUGUGCAAUAGCCAUGUGGUUUACACAUGAUCCAAACUUUGUUGAAGUUUCUAGGUUACAUGCCCAGAGAAUAUUACAAAGUCAUUCUAAACAAGAAGAUAAAAAAGAUGAAUUGACAGAGACAGAUGUAAAUGUUAGUAUGGAAAGUGGAUAUAUAGACGUCACUGCUGAUUUAGAUACCUCUGUUGAAGAGAACCAUGACGAAUUAUGAUAAUAAAAUGAAUCCUUGAGUACAGGACAAAUCUCCCCUCUACAAAAUUCUGCUCUAUCAUUUUUACAUAGACAUAAGAUUUAUUUUCUGAAGUUCAAAGAAAUUCACGAAAAAAGAAGUGUAAACUCGUUUUAUAAUAUUAUUUCAGUUUGAAUUGAGUAUAGUAUUUUUCACAUUUUUUAUUAGCUCAACUGUCACAAAGUGACAAGGUGAGCUUUUGUGAUCGCGCAGUGUCCGUCGUCCGUCCGUGCAUGCGUCCGUAAACUUUUGCUUGUGACCACUCUAGAGGUCACAUUUUUCAUGGGAUCUUUAUGAAAGUUGGUCAGAAUGUUCAUCUUGAUGAUAUCUAGGUCAAGUUCGAAACUGGGUCACAUGCCGUCAAAAACUAGGUCAGUAGGUCUAAAAAUAGAAAAACCUUGUCACCUCUCUAGAGGCCAUAUAUUUCACAAGAUCUUCAUGAAAAUUGGUCAGAUUGUUUAUCUUGAUGAUAUCUAGGUCAAGUUCGAAACUGGGUCACAUGCCUUCAAAAACUAGGUCAGUAGGUCUAAAAAUAGAAAAACCUUGUGACCUCUCUAGAGGCCAUAUAUUUCACAAGAUCUUCAUGAAAAUUGGUCAGAACGCUCACCUUGAUGAUAUCUAGGUCAAGUUCAAACUGGGUCACGUGCUGUCUAAAACUAGGUCAGUAGGUCAAAUAAUAGAAAAACCUUGUGACCUCUCUAAAGGCCAUAUUUUUCAUGGGAUCUGUAUGAAAGUUAGUCUGAAUGUUCGUCUUGAUGAUAUCUAGGUCAAGUUCGAAACUGGGUCACGUGCCGUCAAAAACUAGGUCAGUAGGUCUAAAAAUAGAAAAACCUUGUGACCUCUUUAGAGGCCAUAUAUUUCAUGAGAUCUUCAUGAAAAUUGGUCAGAAUGUUCACCUUGAUGAUAUCUAGGCCAAGUUUGAAAGUGGGUCACGUGCCAUCAAAAACUAUGUCAGUAGGUCAAAUAAUAGAAAAACCUUGUGACCUAUCUAGAGCCCAUAUUUUUUAUGGGAUAUGUAUGAAAGUUGGUCUGAAUGUUCAUCUUGAUGAUAUCUAGGUCAAGUUCGAAAGUGACAAGGUGAGCUUUUGUGAUCGCGCAGCGUCCGUCGUCCGUGCAUGCGUGCGUAAACUUUUCCUUGUGACAUCUCUAGAGGUCACAGUUUUCAUGGGAUCUUUAUGAAAAUGGGUCAGAAUGUUAAUCUUGGUAAAUUCUAGGUCAAGUUCGAAACUGGGUCACGUGCGUCCAAAAACUAGGUCAGUAGGUCUAAAAAUAGAAAAACCUUGUGACCACUCUAGAGGCCAUAAUUUUCAAUGGAUCUUCAUGAAAGUUGGUCAGAAUGUUCACCUUG